AUGUCUUCGGCACCCCGUCAUCAUUUGACAAGCGAUGCCUUCGGCACCCUGUCAUCAUCCGACGAGAGCGAUGCCUUCGGCACCUCGUCAUCACCUUCGGCACCCGGCCAUCAUCCGACGAGAGCGAUGCCUUCGGCACCCCCGUCAUCAUUUGACCUUCGGCACCCUGUCAUCAUCCGACGAGAGCGAUGCCUUCGGCACCCCGUCAUCACCUUCGGCACCCUGCCAUCAUCCGACGAGAGCGAUGCCUUAUGCACCUCGUCAUCAUUUGACAAGCGAUGCCUUCGGCACCCCGUCAUCAUUUGA